GUGAUGUUGGAGACACGUGUACAGGGAAGUAGGAAGUAAAUAAGGCACUCUUCGGUGGCUUGGUGUCUGUGUUGGCAGUGAAACCAUGCUUGCAGACUGCAGUCCAGUGGUGCAGGCUCUCCUGGGGACACUCUUCACCUGGGGCCUCACCGCUGCAGGAGCUGCUCUUGUCUUCAUCUUCUCCAGCACACAGAAGCAGAUCUUGGAUGGAAGCCUGGGCUUUGCAGCAGGGGUGAUGUUGGCAGCCUCAUACUGGUCCCUGCUGGCCCCUGCUAUUGAAAUGGCAGAAGACUCUAGGAAAUAUGGGGCAUUUGCAUUCCUUCCUGUUGCUAUUGGUUUUGUCCUUGGAGCAGCAUUCGUUUAUUUUGCUGAUCUGAUGAUGCCGUUUCUGGGUGUUGAGACAGAUCUUCAUUUGGCUUUGACGCUACCUCCUGAUGCCAAACCAGCAAAAGAAAAAAUGGAGGACCCUGUAGCCCCACCCAUAACUGAGGAGCUGUCAAUCAGGAUAGGUAGAGGAGGAGCUCACUCAGAUAAAAUAGAGAAUGGAGAAGUUCACUAUAGAAGAAAAGCAACCCAGUCUGGUCAAGUAGCAGAAGAGAAGGAAGUGGGCGCUAGACCACAGGAAGUAAUUUGUCCAUCAGCAAGUAGCUGGAGACGGAUAGUGCUGUUAAUCUUGGCGAUAACCAUACACAACAUUCCUGAGGGCUUGGCUGUUGGGGUGGGUUUUGGAGCUGCUGGAAAAACCUCAUCUGCCACAUUUGAGAGCGCCAGAAACCUCGCUAUAGGCAUAGGUAUCCAGAAUUUCCCAGAAGGCCUUGCAGUGAGUCUGCCACUCCGAGGCUCUGGAGUGUCCACGUGGCGAGCCUUCUGGUACGGGCAGCUCAGUGGAAUGGUGGAGCCGGUGGCGGGGUUGCUAGGUGCCGUUGCCGUGGUGCUGGCUGAGCCGUUGCUACCCUAUGCACUGGCCUUUGCUGCAGGGGCCAUGGUUUAUGUCGUCGUUGAUGACAUCAUACCCGAAGCUCAAGUCAGUGGCAAUGGGAAGCUGGCUUCCUGGACCUCCAUACUUGGCUUCAUUGUGAUGAUGUCACUGGAUGUUGGCCUGGGAUAAAGACUUUUUGUUCACCAAAAAUGACAGAAUGACUUUACUGGUCUUCUAAAAAAGGGCCCAAAUGAACCGUCAUAUCAAAAUCAGGGUUAACAAUUUGAAGAAUGCCUUGGAGUUUUUUUACUCCAUAUUUUAUUGUUGUUUUUUUUUUGUUUUAAUUAUUGAUAAAUGCUUAAUUCAUGAAUAACUAAAUACUUGAAUAUCACUUGAAUAAGAGGUUGUGUGAGGUUGUGGUUUGCUUAUUGCAGCUUAUCCAUUGUUUCACAGCCACAGCAUGAAGAUAGUUUGUUCAUUAAAACUCUAAAUUGUCUUCCGUCA